AUGUCGAUGGCGGAGCCCGAGUCGCGCCCACCCCAGCGACGCUCCGGGCCUUUCAAAGCCUUAUCGCGCGCCUCCUCCUCGCGUACGGCUCGCGUCCCGAGGAAGCUGAGCACUCGCUUUGGCCGGCUGCAGGAGCAAGAGGUCGGCGGCCCCUCGUCCGCACCGCCUCCCGUGCCGCCUACGCCGGAAUGGAAGAGCCCCUCCCUGCGUCAAGCGACCGAGAUCGAGUGCGCGCUCGACAGAGAUCAGGUCGUCGUGAUCCAGUCGCAGGUUGACAGCGUCAGGGACGUCAUGCAGCAAAAUGUCGACAUCGUCCUCGAAAACCACGCGAACUCCGACGCGCUGACGGAGAAGACAGAGCGCCUCGGCACUUUCGCCAAAGGCUUCCAGCGCAGGACGCGCGUCGUCAAAGAGCAGCAGUGGUGGAGGAACAAGAAGUUGACGGUCGUUGUUGGGAUCGUGCUGGCCUUUGCCGUCAUCACCUUCGUCUUCGUGCCGAUCUUCACCAGCGAUUGGUUCAACGGCAUCAUGGAGGCACUGGAGAACGUGGGCGCCGUCGAGGAGGACGCUGUCGUGAUUGAGCUCGCAGACUAA